AUGCUUGAUACCAACCAGACAGAAGCGGUGGAGAUUCUGCUGUUGGGUUUUCAGAAUCCCCAGAUUUUUAACUCUUUACUUUUUCUUCUGUUCCUUGUGAUCUACAUCUUGACGAUAGUCUGGAACCUGCUGAUUAUUAUAUUGGUGGCCAAGUUUCAGAGUCUGCAAUCUCCCAUGUAUUUCUUCCUCACUCAGUUAUCGGUGUGCGAUAUCCUUGUAACAACAAAUGCAGUCCCCAAUUUACUUCAUGUUAUAAUUAAUGGAGGAAGCACAAUAUCGCUUACAGGCUGCAUCACUCAGUUUUUCUUUUAUUCUAUUCCAGAAAGCACAGAGUGUUUCCUUCUCGCAAUGAUGUCUUAUGACCGGUAUUUGGCCAUUUGUCGCCCGCUGCAUUACACCUCCAUCAUGAGUUUUAGGCUUUACGCACAACUCAUUCUUAUUUCUUGGCUUUUAUCGUGUAUGGUUACAUUUUCCGUUGCCUCCCUGGUUUCUUCCUUACAAUUCUGUGGUCAUAUCAUUGACCAUUAUUUUUGUGAUCUUUUUCCCCUCCUAGAGUUGUCUUGUACAAAGCAUACUGUUGCUGAACUUGUAGACUUUGUGGUUGGUAUCCCUUACGUAGGUGUCCCUUUCUUCUUUAUUAUCUUCACAUAUGUUUCCAUUUUUAUCACCAUCCUUGGAAUUUCCUCCAGCAUUGGGAGGCAGAAAGCCUUCUCCACCUGCAGCGCUCACCUGACUGUAGUUUGUGCCUACUAUGGGACCCUAACAACAGUAUAUAUUGCACCCACUAAAGGGCAUUCAUUUAAUGUUAAUAAAGUAUUAUCUAUUCUUUAUACCGUUUUAGGCCCUUUUCUUAACCCAAUUAUAUACAGUCUUAGGAAUCAGGAUAUUAAAAUAGGUGUGAAAAAGUUUAUUUCAACUACCUUUAGAGGAAUUUAG